CCUUCCCAGCACUCCCAGUAAGACAAUCACGAUGCUGAGAGGUGUACUGAGACCCGCUGUACAGUUGACCAGUAGAUACGCCCCCCCUCGGCCCCCCAGCUACUCUUUCUGCCUCAGGGAAAAGGAGAAAGCAAGGACCAUAGCGGCCAGUCUGCGCUGGUUGAGUCAAGUGGGAGGUUCAGGCAGCAUGAUCUUCAGACAGCUUUUCGACCGGGAGAGUUGCACGUACACGUACCUGCUAGCCGACCCGGAUAGCAAGGAUGCCGUACUGGUUGACCCUGUGAUCGAACUGGCUGAGCGAGACGCCAAGCUGAUCAGCGAGAUGGGACUGAACCUCAAGUAUGUCAUGAACACCCACAUGCACGCCGACCACAUCACGGGCUCGGGGCUCCUCAAGAAGCUGGUGCCUGGCUGCAAGUCCCUGAUAUCCAAGGAGUCCGGCGCUGACGCAGACAUCCAUGUUGUGCACGGCGAGCUGGUCAAGUUCGGUGAGCAGGAGCUGGAGGUGCGCGGAACUCCUGGGCACACCAAUGGCUGCGUCACCUACGUCAGCCACAAGGAGAAGUUCGCCCUUACUGGAGACGCCCUGCUUAUCCGAGGCUGUGGGCGCACCGAUUUCCAGGAGGGCUCGUCCGACACGCUGUACGACUCCGUGCACUCCCAAAUCCUGAGUCUGCCGGAGGAAUUUGCUCUCUACCCUGCCCAUGACUAUAAAGGCCUCACGGUGACAUCAGUGGGCGAGGAGAAGCAGUACAACCCGAGACUCACCAAGAGCAAGGAGGAGUUCAUCAAGAUCAUGGAGAACCUCGGCCUGGCUUACCCCAAGAAGAUAGAUGUGUCACUGCCGGCCAACAAGGUCUGUGGGCUGUACAACCUUCCCGACGACCUGGCCGCCAAACUCCAGGACUAAGCAAUGACGUGGAGACUGGCAGCAGCAAGGGUGGUGGCAGUGACAGAGGUGGUGCCUGUGGUGUUGGCGGUGCUCUGAAGGGAUCACUGUACCUCCCCGGACGAUUGUGAUAGCCUGUGAUGCAUUGGGACCUGUAGGCUCUGUAGAUUAAUGUGAUGGGUGCCCUUACGUCUCCUCAACCCCCUUGUAUACAUAUUACUGUGAUGAUUAAUAUGUCCGUACAAGUCUUACCCACAUCUACCUAUAGUCAGUACAUUGGUCAAGGUAUCCUCAUCCUAAAACCUUGCAUUCGUACGUAACUUUCCAUAGUCCCAACAUCAGGCAGCUUAUCCUCCCUUUGUUUACCUUAGAGGUGGAGAGAAUCGACCAGCUGUGACAACCUCUAACAAGUACAAGCUGAAAGUAGUUCCUCCCUCCCUUUCCUUGUAGAUGUGCCUCAGUUUAUGUGACAUAUAGUGAGAGGAAGGUCUAAGCUUGAACACAUCUAAAAAUCAAAUUCAGAGCAGUGUACCAAGACAUCUCUCCACCCGAAAUUGACCUCUCCUUUGUGCACUCUUUACUUUUGUCUUGUCUAUCUUCUGUCUAUUAUGGGAGCGGUGAGUAGCGGGCUUUUAUUUUUAUUUUUAUUUUAUUUAUUUAUUUUUUUCUCUGCACUUUUUAUUGCCCUUGAGCCGUCUCCUUUGCUGUAAAAAAAAAAAGUACAAAAGACAGCUAGGUGGGAGAGGAAAAGGACAUCCCUCAUUCCGUUUUCAGGAGCCUUAGAGCGUGUCAUUAAUAAAACUUGUAGUGGGUAAAUAUAUGAUGGAGGUAUAGAUAGGCCUACAACAAUCCUUAUACCCAUUAAGUUAAUGUGAAGAGCCUACAAGAGGUGUUUUAUGUCCAGAUACCACAAAGAUUAUAUUGCAUGAUUUCACUUGGUAGUCCUUGUAUUUUUAUGGUUGAUGGUUACAUAUUUGGAAACACUAAAUUAAGGACCACUGGAUAUCUCUAUUUUGUUAUUGGUAAUGUCUUAAUGGCUUAAUCAGAUUCACUGAGUAGUAUGGGAUAUGUUUUAUUAGUUAUUACUGCACUGCACUGUGAUCUUUGUCUUGCACUGACUUAAACAGUUUAGAGGUUUAUAUAGUACACGGUUCAAUGAAACUUG